AUGCUUUACGAGCUGAUUGGAAUUGUUCGGCCGGGCAGCGCUGCAGAAGUCAAGGAAAUCGUCCUUGCCACAGGCCAGCUGAUUCUCCAGCAGCGCGGCGUGAUCCGCGGCGUCUCAAACUGGGGCAUCUUUGCCCUGCCCAAGCCCAUCAGCGUGCACCAGAUGCGCCACCAGACCGGCCACUACUUCGCCAUGCGCUACGACUCGUCGUCCUCGACGCAGGACGCCGUGCGCAACAUGCUGCGCCUCGACCCCCGCAUGAUCAGGCACUCGAGCGUCAAGAUCGGCGAUGGCAAGCUCGAGACAUCGGCCGCCAUCAAGGGCGUGUCGUGGCGGGAAUAA